AUGCAUGAAUCUGCUUAUCAACAGCUGGACUUCCUUCCUUCCCUCCCUCCCAACACAACCAGUGGUGAGGGAUUAUGGGAACUCUUGUCAAGCCAGGGGCCACGAGAUCCCUGCUUGCCGGAUGCCACCCUGACCUCAUUUUUCCCUCUCUCCUUUCCAGGUUACCGGGUGACGGUGCUGGUGCGGGACCCGGUCCGGCUCCCCCUGGAGCUCCAGCCGGCGCAGGUGGUGGUGGGAGAUGUGCUGAACCUGGAGGAUGUCGACCGGACGGUGAAGGGCCAGGAUGCCGUCAUUGUCAUCUUGGGCACUCGCAACGACCUCAGCCCCACCACCAUGAUGUCUGAAGGCACCCGGAACAUCGUGACCGCCAUGAAAUCUCACGGCAUCCGCAAAGUGGUUGUUUGCCUGUCAGCCUUCCUCAUGUGGGAUUUGGACAAGGUGCCUGCCAAGCUGCGCCCGGUGACGGAGGACCACAUCCGGAUGCAGCAGAUCCUAAAGGAGUCGGGCUUGGAUUGUGUUUAUGUCAUGCCGCCCCACAUUGCAAGUGACCAGCCUCUCACAGGCGACUACACGGUGACUGUCGACUCCUCCAGUGGUUCCAGAAUCAUCUCCAAACACGACCUCGGGCACUUCUUCCUGAAGUGCCUGACCACUUCGGAGUACGAUGGGAAAAAUGUCUACCUCUCCAGGCACUAUCCUAAGGAAUAAGUCCCUCUCUUUGGGUCCCGUCCUUCCCCACUCCCUGUUAUGUUCAAGGCAGAAGGGACCCCCCCCCUCGGCUCCAUCUUAACUUGACAAAGGGAAAUGCUCAACUGCUUUGCCAACCUCUCUGAUUCUCCCCCCUUCCUCCCUUUUCUGCUCUCGAGUGCCUUUCCCCCUUUAUUAAAGUCACCCCACCCCACCCCCCUGAGGCUGGGGCGCCCACCUGGCUCCCUCCUCUUUCAGGAAGUCAUACAACGGCCAUUGCAUGUCGACCAUUUCUUGGGAUUAAAACAGCAACAAAAAGUGUGGGUGGGCAGGUCACCCUCCUUCCCGCGUGUGCUUGUGCAGUAAUUCUGAGGAGCAGCACACUCCCAAGAAGAGAAGGGAAAAAUAAAGCUCUUGCAGGUUGUAAAGACAGCACUGAAGGAGCGAGCCCUCACUUGUUCAGCUCAGCUGCCUCCUGUUGGUGCUUGGGUGUAUUAUUUUUUAAAUUGCACAGAAGGAAAUGGACAGAACUGUAACAGCAAAGCAGCCAGGACCCCUCAAUCUGCAGAGAAUUUUUUUUAAAAAAAAUUAUAUGAGUCACUUUGAGCACUCAUUCAGUUGAAAAGCAGUUAACAGAGGCGUUGAAAAGAUUACCAAGAACAGCAAAGUGCUGACAUUUUUGGAUGUUAUUAGUUUGGACUGGAAGUGGCUACCUAUGUUUGCGUUCAUGUUAACUAGUAAUCCUGCUCUGUGUAUGGCUGAGAAACCAUGUUCCAUCUUUCUUGCUGAAGAAUUCUGUGUAACUUGAAAGCCUGCAUACUUGUAACAAUAAUUAGUCAGAUUAAAAUAUCUAUUUUGACCUA